AUGUCAACAAUCUCAAAUGAUCCCACUUGGUGGCCGACCAUCAGUGCGUAUCGUUUUUGCAGCUAUUUUGCAGUUGCCGCCUUCGUUGCAGUAACAUAUGAUUGGGCACUAACAUUUGGACAAGAGGUCGAAUUGGUCUGGAGACAACCCUGGUCGCUCAUGACAGUGAUGUAUAUCUGUGUGCGCUACCUUGGAAUCCUAUCUGCUGUCCUUGUUACCCUGAGCUGGAUGCUGUACAUUAUAUGGGAUUGGGCAGUUGCUGUGGUAUUUGCGAUGCUGUGGGUCAUCAUCAUCACUCGGUUGCAUGCCAUGUAUCAACGAGACAGAAAGAUCCUGAUAUUUCUCGUUGUCACCUUCCUGGCGAUCAACAUUUUUGCUGGAGCGACAGCCGUAAUGUCAACGACACAUACUUCAGGAGAUGAACUCAUUCUCUCCGGCACCUACGAGUGCAGGAUUAACUACUAUACAGGAGACGCCCUAGUUAUGGAUUCUACUACUUGGGUACUCUACAUUGUGUGGGAGGUCCUCGCACUAUGUCUCGCAGUCUGGAUUACUGUGAAACACUUCCGUGAACUGCGAUUACACUCGGCAGGAGGGAUUAUUGGGGACUGUUUUACGGUGUUGAUGAAAACUCACGUGGUUUACUUUACGAGCUUUAUUGCUGUCUCUUGCUUAGAGCUCCUUAUGGAAUUAUCAACGAACCUAGAUCUCCUACAACAACAGACUUUGUUGAGCUUGAAUCUGAUUAUCUCAGUGGUGCAGAUGUUCGUGCUAGGACCACGGCUGAUCCUUGGCCUUCGAGAAUAUAAUGCUAAACUCCUGGCUCACUCCGACACUGCCACCGGCAUGACCUCGAUCGCUUUCCAAGAACGUGUGCAUAUAUCGACUGGCAGUGGUGUGUAA